AUGGCAGAGACAACUCGGAUCAAGACGAAUCUCGACGAGCAGCUCAGGGUGUUCCUGCAAAAUGAGAAGCCUCCCCCGUUGAUCAAAAGAGACAGCUCGGACUAUAUUUGUGGACCUUCUGUCAAGUUCUUCCCCGGGAAAGUCGAUGUUCGAGAAGCGAGGGAUCUCGCUUACAUCUCGUCUAAUUUCGAGCCUGCCGUACCGCCGAAAAUUCCGCCUCGUCAAGAGAAGCUGGAGAAUGCACCUGGGCCCAGGCAUGAGCCACCCAAAGCCCAGAUUUCGCAGCCCCGGCAACAAGCUUCACUCAAAAAUUUUUUCAAAAACAAGAACAAGCCGGUAGUGGAAUUGGAUUCCGACGAUGAUAUCUUUGACGAGUUGCCACCGUCGCCUGUCAUUUCCGCCGGUCGUGUCUCGGGACGCGACAUCCCCGUAACAGCCCGGAAAAGGCUUCUAUCCUCGGAUGACGAUGAUUCGCUGUUCGACGGAAUCGAGGACGAGAUACCCGUGACCAGAGCUCCCGCCGUCAAACGGAAACCCGACAGAGAUAUUAUUAAUUACAUCAUAUCGGACAGCGAUGAAGAUACCGUACCUGAGAAGAAGAGAAGCGCACCCACUGCCAAGCGGAAAGCCUCUUAUGAAAAAGCUGAGACGAAGCGACCCAAAGUUGCAACCGAAGACGCUUCGUCAAGCCCCGCGAGCGGCAAAAACGCCGCUCCGACAUCAGGCUUCAGACCCUCUCUAAGGGAUGGGGAAAUAUUCGUACCUGAGGCGCAAAGUCGGGCGAAUGAACCUGGCUCUCGCAGCGAAAUCCCUCGAGAUCCGGCUCCGCGGUCUGCGGAACCCAAUGAUGAAGACAGCCUUGACUACGAUGACCUGCUCAACAAUGAAGAUCCCUUCGACGGUGUAUCCACACCCGAGCGGUCUCCGACCGCGCGGGCCGACGCCGACUACGGUAGAAACUUGUCAUCCCAAUCUAAGACGCAGCAUUCGUCUGCGGUGGACCCGGCUGUCGAGCAGAUAGAGAGUUUGAUGCAAGCGAACUACAGCAAGAUGGAAUUCGUCUGUCAGCAACUACUCGAACACGGACAAAUGACGCCAGAGGUCAAAGCCGCGUUGUUCGACUUCCAGCAUUUGCGGAGAAAAAUUGAAGCUAGUGGAGAUGCUGCGGUGAGGCGAGCAUCCUUGACGCCACUCCUACACAGGACGCUGACAAAAUCAGCCCACGGCCUCACUGAAACGACUCCUUUGGGUUCGAGAGGGUCGUCAACUGGCGCGUCAACGUCCGGUGCCCAAGCUUCGCAAGAGAGCACACGGAGUGAGGCCUCCCAGGCAUCUUUCGCAUCGAGAGAGACUCGGCCCAAGGAGAGAUACAGCUCGCAAGCUGAAGUCCCUCUCAGAGAGCCGGAAGCCCGAAGAGAAAUCGGUCACAGCUUCUCGCCAAAGCCUGGUCCAGCGGUCGCCGCUUCCCCGGGGGCGGUUCGAGAAUCACUUCAAAUGCGAAAACCAGCGUCGGAAGAAGCGGGAUUCUCGGCAGAGGACCUCGAGGACAUCUUCGGAGAAGAGGAUGAACUCCAGGGUGAUGAAGACGUGAGAGGCAAGUUCACAGGGGACGUGAGAGACGAUGGACUCGAUCCCGAGUUCUCCAAGGAUACCUUCCAUUUCUCGAAGGUGCGCUCGUGGGACCGCGGAGUAUCCGAGGAGUUUCACCGCCAGUGA